AUGUCCGGUUCAUUCUGGAUACAAACCGAAGACUGGCACACAGCCGGCGAACCUUUCCGCAUCGUCGCCCAUCUCCCAGCUGAUUCCCUCCCAGGUGCAUCAACAGUAGCAGAACGCCGCUUCGCCAUCCUCAAAACCCCCGACCACCCCCUCGAUAUCCUCCGAAAGAAACUAUGUCACGAGCCAAGAGGCCACUCGGACAUGUAUGGUGGUUUUAUCACCCCACCAAACGACUCUGGCGCGCAUUUUGGUGUGCUGUUCUGGCACGCUGAAGGCUUCUCCACGGCGUGCGGUCACGGGACUAUGGCGUUGGGGUACUGGGCUGUUACCAAGGGAUUGGUCAAGGCGCCUGAGGGGGAUGGAGUGGUCGAUGUGGUUGUCGAUGUACCAUCAGGUCGUGUUGUAGCUACCGUUGCAGUAGAACAUGGAAAGCCAGUGCAUGCUGAUUUUGUCAACGUGUUGAGUUAUCAGCUGGAGAAGGGUUUGUUGGUUGAAGUUCCCUCGCGAGGCGUUAGUGUCGUUGCCGAUCUGGCGUUUGGCGGUGCAGUGUAUGCGACGGUCGAUGCAGCGCAGUUUGGUCUGAGAGUGGAGCCAAAGAACACAAACCAGUUCAUUCAGCUGGGGCGAGAGAUCAAGAAGAGUCUGGGAACAAGAGCACAUUACAGCACUUAUGAUUGCUAUGGCGUCAUCUUCUUCCAUGAAGACGACAAGAGUGCAGAUCCUGUAAGGCAGACAAACGUCACUGUCUUUGCUGACGGGCAGAUCGACCGGUCCCCUUGUGGUUCUGGGACCUGUGCAAGACUAGCAGUGCUUGUGGCAGAAGGCAGAGUCGGAGCAGGUCGAUCGAAACUGAUACACGGAUCGAUUAUCGGGUCAACGUUCGAGGGAGAAGUCCUGUCGGAGGAGAAGAGUCCUAUCGAAGGCGGUGCACCAGCUUGCAUACCACGGGUGCGGGGCCACGCGAAUUUGGUAGGGAGAAUGAGCUUUUUCAUUGAUCCACAAGAUCCAGUCCUGCCGUUUACGCUACGAUAG